GAGAGAGGAGAGAGAGAGAGCAUAGGAAAUGGCGAAAGGAAGAAGAAGAAGCUCUUUUCUUCUUGUCAUAAGCUCAGAGCUUUCUCGUUCUUAUUAUUCUCAUUCAUUCAUCUAAUCAUCUUCCUAAUCUCUCUCUCUAGAUCUGUAGUCACCUCUCUCUCGCUCUCUCUCUCUCUCGUCAAAGAUGGAGGCUUUUUGGGUUCCGCUUGGGUGCUGGUUACCUGGAACUGGAGGAUAAAUCAACUGUUGGAUUCGCGGCCAAUGAAAGCAUGUGCUGUGCGUUGAAGGGAUUGAAAUGCUUUAGAUCAGAGCAGUUGAAUCCCAGAUCGGCUCUGAUACCUUCGUCUCCGUUUUCCUUUACAAUUGCAGACUUGCUAACAUAGACAUGAAUAACUUGACUGUUAAAACUGAUGAUACUUUUGCCAGUUUGCUUGAACUGGCUGCUAAUGAUGAUGUGGAGGGCUUCAAACGAUUCAUUGAGCAUGAUCUUUCAGGGAUUCAUGAAGUGGGGUUAUGGUAUGGCAGGCAGAAGGGGUCCAAGCAGAUGGUUCUUGAACAAAGAACUCCUUUAAUGGUUGCUGCAGCGUAUGGUAGCAUCGGGGUUGUGAAACUUAUUCUUUCUUUUCCAGAUGCUGAUGUCAAUCGCCCUUGCGGUCUUGAUAAGAGCACCGCUCUUCAUUGUGCUGCGUCAGGUGGCUCAGUGAAUGCAGCUGAAGUUGUGAAACUUCUCUUAGAUGCAGGUGCUGAUCCUAAUAUUGUUGAUGCAAAUAGCCGUUGUCCGGUCGACGUGAUUGUCGUGUCCCCAAAGUUCCAGGACUUGAAAUUCACUCUUGAGAAACUUCUCGAGACCAGUGGUUCUGUUGGUGAGAGGAACCUAAGGAUUUCGACAGCUACUUCAAACUCCAAUUCUCCACCACUGUCUCCGUCCCCAGAUAACAGGUCCCAGUCAUCAGCUUCAGACUCAACUUCUUCUCCGAAGAGUUCAAAGUUCAAUGAUGUUUCUAUUUCUUCUACUUCAGAGAAGAAGGAGUACCCUAUUGACCCAUCACUGCCGGACAUCAAGAACAGCAUCUAUUCAACUGACGAGUUCCGAAUGUUCUCAUUCAAGGUUAGGCCUUGUUCUCGUGCAUACUCCCACGAUUGGACUGAGUGCCCUUUCGUUCAUCCAGGUGAGAACGCUCGAAGAAGGGAUCCAAGGAAAUAUCACUACAGCUGCGUUCCUUGUCCUGAUUUCAGGAAGGGGGCUUGUCGACGAGGGGAUAUGUGUGAAUAUGCUCAUGGGGUUUUUGAGUGCUGGCUUCAUCCAGCUCAAUAUAGGACUCGACUCUGCAAAGAUGGAACAAGUUGCAAUAGAAGAGUAUGCUUCUUUGCCCACACACAAGAGGAACUCCGGCCCCUGUAUGUCUCUACAGGUUCUGCAGUACCAUCUCCUCGAUCUGGUUCUACAGCUGCCAGUGCAAUGGAUUUUGCUGCGGCCAUGAGCCUCUUACCUGGCUCACCGUCCUCAGUCUCUGUAAUGUCUCCCUCACCAUUCACUCCACCCAUAUCUCCAUCUGCCAAUGGCAUGUCAAACAUGGGUUGGCCCCAACCAAAUGUUCCGGCAUUGCAUCUGCCAGGAAGCAAUCUUCAGUCAAGCCGCCUGCGGUCAUCUCUUAAUGCAAGAGAUAUUGCAGCCGAGGAUUUGGAAUUGUUGCCAGAUUUUGAUGUGCAACAACAGCAGCUCCUAAAUGAAAUAUCCCGGCAUUCUCAGCCCGGUAUCAAUUCUCUGUCUUUGAACCGAUCUGCUCAUUCAAAAACGCUAACCCCAUCAAACCUUGAGGAUCUCUUUUCUGCCGAGUGCUCUUCUCCCCGGUAUUCUGAUCAGGCAUUGGCUUCAGCAAUUUUCUCGCCAACUCACAAGUCUGCAGUUUUCAACCAGUUUCAGCAGCAGAAGAGCAUGGUAUCACCAAUUAACACAAACUACUCACCAAAAAAUAUCGACCACCCCCUUUUGCAGGCACCCUUUGGGGGUUCAUCUUCAGGAAGGAUGUCUCCCCGAGGCGUGGAGCCUAUCUCACCAAUGAGUACUCGGGUCGCCAUGUUUGCUCAACGGGAGAAGCAGCAGCAACAUUUUCGCAGCAUUAGCUCCCGUGAUCUUGGCUCUAAUUCUUCUGCUGUUGUUGGUUCUCCUGGCGAUCCAUGGUCAAACUGGGGCUCUGCCAGUGGGAGACCUGACUGGACUGUCAAUCCCGAUGAGUUUGGUAAACUUCGCAGAUCAUCAUCCUUCGAGCUCGGGAACAAUGGGGAGGAGCCCGAUUUAUCAUGGGUUCAAUCGCUUGUCAAAGAAUCGCCUCAAGAAAUGAAGGAAAGGCCUGCAAUGCUUGGCUUAGCUGGUGUUGGGGGCACUGCGGGAUCCUCCAGCGAGGUCUCAAAUCUGAACUCCCAGAUUGAUCCUAUCGAUCAAUCUGUUCUGGGUGCGUGGCUGGACCAAAUGCAGCUCGAUCAGCUCAUUGCCCAGUAAAGCCUUAAAACAUCUUCUCCCAAUCUUGAGAUCAUGAGAAGCAACAGUAAAUUUUUUCCAUAAACAAUAUGAGAUUUUUGGGUUUUGUUGGUGCUGGAUGUAGAGUAAGGUGACAGUAACAAGGAGGAAAUCAAGCAAGGGGAGCUCACUCAAAUCAGUAGAAGGAUUAUUGUUCUUUUUGCAAUUUAUUAUUACAGCUGAAGUUAGGAAAAGCUGGAGUUCAUUGGGUUUCUUCAACAAAUGAAGCCCAGCAGCAGAUUCCUUAAUAUUUCAGGUCUUAGGUCUCUGAAGUACCAUUUUUUUUCUCUGCUCUUUAACGAGCUAGAUGUCCCCAUUAAACUGAUCAUCUGCUUAGAACUAGUCAAGAAAGCUCUCUCCCAUUGCAGUCUCCUCUCUUUUUGGUUGGCCCAUUUGUAUCUGGGAGAAAGAGAGUAUAGUAAUUACUAUUGUAAUUUGGAGUCAAUAAUGAAACUGGCUACCCAGAAAAAGGCGAGAAAGUGAAGGCUGUAUUUUCUGGCAUUUUCUCAA